AGUCGGCAACCAAGUAAUAACAGCUGAAAAAUCCGCAUUGCAACACCCAGCUCAUACAUAUCACCCGCGGCAAUGGCAUCCACCAACAGCUGGACCUACGAGAUCGAGUCGUCGGUCGCUGCGCCGCGUCUGUUCUGCGCCGGCGUCAAGCACUGGCACGUCCUGGCCCCCAAGCUCGUCCCCCAAAUCGUCGUCAGCGCCCACUCCGUCGAGGAGGACGAGGGCAGUAUCGGCAGCGUCGUCGUCAGGCAGUUCGACUUCACUUCAGCCAUGCCCUUCAGCCUCCUGAAGGAGAGGAUUGAGUUCCUGGACGCCGAGAAGUGUGAGUUCAAAUGGACCCUCAUCGAAGGCGGCGGCAUCGGCACGGGGAUCGAGAUGGCAACAUCGCACGUCAAGGUGGAGCCGACUGCCAACGGUGGGAGCGUGGUAAAGGUGGACUCGUCGUACAAGUUCCUGCCUAGCGUGGAGGUGAAUGACGAGAUCACCAAAGCGAAGGAGUCUGUCACCGCCAUCUUCAAGACCGUUGAGGCCUAUCUCAUCGCCAACCCGCAAGAAUAUACUGUUUAAACGAGCACCAACGGUGAUGUAUGAUGUUUUUUGUUCAAUAACCUCACCCGAGGCGUGCACUGUGUGACGUGUGACCGGUUAAAAAUUACUCCCUUUGAUUCUAAAUUAUUGAAGCAAACUUGCCCAAAUAUGAAUGUAUUUAUUCUUAAAAAGCGUAUAGAUACAUGUAAUAUUUCGACAACAAUUUAGGAUCGGAGAGAGUACUAGUCUGAUCAAAAUUUGUGCAAAUUUAAUAAAGUUUGAAGACUUUUACUA